CCAUAACUCAGGAUCUCCGAACUUUUGACACAUCCCUGACAUUAGUGAACAUCAAAAAAUUUAGUGAGCAAAAAUGUCUAACUAUUGCGCUCUGCACACAUUAUACAUUAUUUGUUAAUUAUUAUCAUUAUUAUCGAUGUCCUAAGAAAUAAAGUUAGUUACGAUAAUUAUUGAUUAAUAUUGUCUGUGAAUAAUUAAAAUUUAAAUAUUUAAUUGAUUGAACUUAAGAUUAAUUUAAAUAAUAGUGUAAAAAUAAUAUCGCGAUGGCGCGAGUGCUUUCGACGACAAACGUCAUCAUUAAGCACAAAAAUUUGCCUGACUUUUUAUUCAAUCAUUUAGUCAUUUAGUGUAACGACCUGACUUACAUCAAAUAAAAAUCUCAUUGUUCGUGGACCAGUUUAAUUAUUUUUUAAAUUUUUAACUUCGGGAUAUUCAAAAAUUCAAACGUCAAAUUUAAAAUUUCUUUUAUUUUCUUAAUUUUAAUUACAUUUGUUUUGUUUUUAUUUUUUUAAAAAUGAAGAGAACCAAGUCAAAUUUUUUUAAUGAUCUCUACAAUCAGCCGUAUGAUUACAAUUCAAGAGUUAAACUUUAUAACAGCAGUAAAGCAAGUUUAGAGCUGGUGCAGCGAAUGUCACUUUUGAAACGUCUAAAAGUACAUAAUGGAUGCGUUAAUUCGAUAUGUUGGAAUAAUAAUGGAGAAUUGAUACUGUCAGGAAGUGAUGAUCAACAUCUAGUCCUUACCAAUGUUUAUAAUUAUAAGGUUUUAAAAGACUACAAAACUAGUCAUAGGGCAAAUAUAUUUAGUGCCAAAUUUUUGCCAAAUAAUGGUGAUCAUCGUAUCGUAUCAUGUAGCGGAGACGGAAUGAUUCUAUAUACAGACUUAAUGAGAACAUCUGAGACUUUUCACAAUCAAUUUACGUGUCACAAUGGUACUACUUAUGAAAUAGCAACUGUUCCUGGUGAACCGCAUAGUUUUCUUAGUUGUGGAGAAGACUGUACUGUAAGAUACUUUGAUCUUCGUGUAAAGUCAUCGUGUAAUACGCUUAGAUGUAAAGAGGAUAUAUUAAUAUUAAGACAAAGGCCAGUGACAGCAAUGUCUAUAAAUCCUACGAUGCCACAUUAUUUGGCGAUUGGAUGUUCCGACAGUUCUGUCGGGAUUUAUGAUCGCCGGAUGUUGAGCAUCGGUGAGAGAAAUUGGACUGAUGAAAAAAGUGUAAAUUGGACGUCACCGGUUUCAGUUUUCACAGUACCAGAAUUUGAAGGCCAUCCAUGUAGAAUAACAUCCUUGUGUUACAGUCCAGAUGGCAAUGAUGUCCUUGUUAGUUACAGUAGUGAUCAUAUUUAUUUAUUUAGUGCAAAGACUCAAGGAAGCGUCUGUUUAAAAAAAGAUUCCAUGUCUGAGAAGAGUAAAAAUAAAAGACCGCCAGUACGAUCUCCUCAGCCAGUCCGUAAAUUAAGAUUACGUGGAGAUUGGUCUGACACUGGUCCAGACGCUCGCCCAGAGCGUGAAGGUGGACGUCGUAGUGGUGAAAUAGCACAAGCGCGGCCUAUGUUACACACGUCAUUAAUGCAGAGGAUGACCGACGUUCUCAGUAGGAUGUUGAAUGAUCCAGCCACGCGUGCUGCUUUAAGCGGUGACGGGGGUGAUAAUAUCCAGGGAGUCAUUGAUCAGCAUACGGAAAAUCAACAAGCGGAAGAAUCCAAUGAAACAAAUGAGGAGAGAAACAAUGAAAUGCAAAUUAUGGACACAGAAUCAAAUUUUCAAGCACUAGUUGAAGAUAGUCAAGAUAAUAUGGAAAUUAGUGAAGAUAAUAAUUUAAGUUCUAAUCCGGAGUCUUUGGGUGCUAAUGAACUUGAACAAAGUUCAAGUAUAAAUAACUCGUCUGAACCUGUAGACGAAAUAAAUAUAAUAAAUGAACAGUCUGAGCAUAAUUCUAUUUCUAUAAAUAAUGGAACGAAUCAAACAGAAAAUCUAAUUCAGUCCCAUGUCUCUCCUCGUUUGCCACACGAUAAAAUUACGAGAAAUCAAAUAGCGGAGAGUGACAAUAAUCAUAGUGAUGGAGGUAAUGAGGAAAAUUACAAUGAGGCUAAUGAUAAUUCGAUGACUGUCGAUAGCACGAGAGAUGAAACGAUGAUGGAAAAUUUGCAGGAUCGAUUGACAUCAAUGAGAGAUGGCUUUUUAGAAAAACAUGGCAGUGAACCUGCAGUAAGUUUGACUUACUCUGAUAAAAGCUCCACUGGUGCAACGAUAUCUUUAGGCGUAGGAAAUGAAGUUGUACGAGACAGUUAUCAUCCAGGACCAUCCGGAAGUCAAAGUUUGAAUUCGAAAUUAGUUACAACCACGAUACCAACAAGUAGUUACGAUAAUAAGUCAAUAUUCAAUAAUAAAUAUGAUCAUGAAGAAGUGGAGGAAGAAGACGUUUACACUGAUAGUGAUGACGAAGAAACGGAAAUGUCAAAAAAAAGAAGAGAAAUAAAUCCAAUUGAGACGGAAAUGGAUGAGGCUGUGGCAAACGCACGUGCUUCGUUAGGCUGUGAUCAAUCAUUUGACGUAGACGCAUCCAAAGAAUUUCAUGUAAGACAAAAAUACAUGGGUCACCGCAAUGCUAGUUUCUUUAGGACUAUGAUCAAAGAAGCAAAUUUUUGGGGCAACGAUUUCGUCAUGUCGGGCAGUGACUGCGGUCAUGUUUUUAUUUGGGAACGAGAGACAGCCAAACUUUGUAUGCUGCUAGAAGCUGAUCAACAUGUUGUCAAUUGUCUUCAACCACAUCCAUAUUUACCGAUGCUUGCAACCUCGGGAAUUGAUUAUGAUGUUAAACUCUGGGCGCCAGUUAAUGAAGAGGCACACUUUGAUACGAGUUUUGCAGAAGAUCUUCAAAAAAGGAAUGCGGUUAUGCUUGAAGAGACCAAAGACACAAUCACAGUACCAGCUGUAUUUAUGAUAAGGAUGCUGGCUUGCCUAAACCAAAUUCGAGGACGUGGUCGAAGGAGAAGAAGUGGUAACGAAGCCGACGAAUUAAGAGGAGGAUAGAUAUUUUUUUUUUUUAAUUUUUUUGUUGUGAUAUUUCCUCAGUUUUUAAUAAUUUAUAUUAAAUAAUUGACAACGCUAUUUUUCAGGUAGAUAAUUAAAUUAUCGCAUAAUUCACUGAUUUAUUAAAAAAAUAAAGAAAGUAAAAAAAAAAAAUUUAUGAAAAUCAGAAUAUUUUUAAACCGUUUCAGUGGACACAGAAAAAAAGGAUUUCUUGGUGCAAUAAAAUUUCAUUAUGAAAUGGAGGCAAUAAUUUUCUUCGGACUAGAAAAAAUUCCUUGGCUCAAGAAAAUUUUUUCUUGACUCAAGAAAAUUCAUUCUUAGCUAAAGAAAAUUCAUUCGUGACUCAAGAAAAUUUAUUCCUGGCUUCAGAAAUUUUAUUCUUGUCUCAAGAAAAUUUAUUAGCUCAAGAAAAUUUCUCUCUUACCCUAAAAAGUUUUGCUUGGCUCAAGAAAAACUUUUCAUUAUGAAAUGGAGACAAAAAUUUUCUUCGGACUAAAAAUUUCUUGGCUCAAGAAAAUUUCUCUCACACCCUAAGAAGUUUUUCUUGGCUCAAGAAAAUUCAUUCUUGACUCAAGAAAAUUUAUUUCUAACUUAAGAAAAUUUAUUCUUGUCUCAAGAAAAUUUAUUGGCUCAAAAAAAUUUCUCUCUCACCCUAAGAAGUUUUUCUUGGCUCAAGAAAAUUUUUUCUUAACUCAAGAAAAUUUAUUUGUCCCAAGAAAUCUUCGUUUUUUGUGUACCAAUAUCAGAUAAUUUGCAUUUUAUCAAUUUAUCUUGUUUUGGAAAGUUAUAUAGUAUAGUUUAAUAAUUAAAUUGAAGCAUUGCUUGAUUUUUUCGUUUAGUAUAGAUUUCAUACCAUAUACAUGACAAAAAUUAUUAUCAUGCUCAAUUAAUUUUUUUGAUUAUUAUUUAUCUACUAAAACUCGUGCCUUAAAAAAAAAAUUGUGCAUCUAGUUUGUACCAUAGACAAUACUUAAAAAAUUAUUUUGAUAUUUACAAAAUAAAUAUAAAGCAGCAAUACCAAGAAUAUAUAAGUAACAUUUAAAUAAUCAGUGAAGAGUUUUGUAUUGAAAUCCAAAUCUUAAUUUAAAAGUGAAAAAAAAAAACGCAAUAAAUUUAGAGUGCAAUAUUUAGAUUGAAGUGUGUAGGUAUUAAUUAGUUGUAAUGAAUUAACAGUUAUCUGCAAUAUCUAUUAUAUUUUUUAAAGUAUAAAUUUUAGCGCAAAAGCUAUACCUUCAUAGUUAUUUUUUGAAUUUAAAUCCAUUACAAAUGUAUGAAAAUGAAUGUAAGAAAUUUUAUUGUAGAUUUUUUUUGUAUUAAAAAUUUAAAUAAUAAAUCGAAAUAUAUUUAAUUAAAAGUUUAA